AUGAAAAAGAUCUCAAAGAAAAAACAAGAUAUUAAAAAGAUGUCUGAAGAGACAGAUAAUAUUGCAGUAGAAGAAAAUGUAGACAAGCAUCUUCAAAAAGGUUUAGAUGCAGAAGAAGAAAAUAAAAACACAAUAGAAAUGUUCAGAAGCAAAGUAAGAGAAAAGCUAAAGAAUGCUAAGAUUAAUCAAAGUGAAAAAUCUUCAACUCAUCUGCUCAUUGAUAAUAAGAUGAAUCACUGGUCUAAGGUGAAUAAACAGACUGAAGUCUCUUUGGAGGCAGGACUUUCGUUUUUCACUCUGAACGGUGGAGAAGGCUCAGCUUUGGGCCAGUCUUCAGAGCAGCGAUUAGUAAAUGAUAGUUACCCUAAACACUUAUCACUUGGUGAUAAUUUACAAGAUUUUGCUGAAAGUCAUGAUAAAGAUUAUAUGGAAGAAGUAAUUUUUCCAGAUUUACUUGAAGUAAAAGCUGCUGAAUAUGAAGAUGAUCAAGAACAAAUCAAAAGACAACAGAUAAAUAUUUUUGUGCCAAGUAGUUCCUCAGGUAAAGUUCUUUUACAAUGA